AUUCGCGUUUCUCCAUACAGAGGUGUGUCACUUCCGGGAAGAUAAUUCUUGCACAUUCCGGUGAAAAUCAGGUCAAAGACCCAAUCAUUUGCCAUUAUUAAAACAUGAACGGACAGCAAAGAUUAUUACCUUACAUUUUCGUUUUGUAAAGGAAGGUGUCCACGAUGGCGAUUUGGUAUUAAGACGCCCACAACGAUCAACUAUUUAGAAACGACACACACCAAAUUUGACCUUAGACUGUUACAGACGGUCGACCCCCAGCUGGUCGUUUUCCAAAGGUUCUGUAAGAAGACCUGACACAGAGAUUAAACUUAAGAGGCACAGUUUUCAAUGAGUGCAGACCAACCCACUUUUCCGAUUGUGAUACAUGAGGAACAUCACCAUGAGGGUGACCAACCUAAACAGAGCAAGAGGUCACAUACCGUGGACGCUGCCAUAGACUUCACAGGGGGGAUUAAUGGGGCCAUUGCCUCAGUUUACGUGGGUCAGUCCUUAGACACUGUGAAGGUCAAGAUGCAGACUUUUCCACACCUGUACAGGAAUGCCCUUGUCUGCUUCCUCCAGACAUAUCGACAGGAUGGGAUUUACCGUGGUCUCUACGCAGGUACAGUGCCAGCCCUUAUAGCCAACAUAGCUGAGAACUCAGUGCUGUUUCUGUUCUAUGGACUCUGUCAGAAGGCCAUCAUGGCUGUCAGGGGUCACCGUGAUGUCUUCCAGCUUAGUCCAGUAGAAAACGCCUUCUCAGGAAGCGGUGCAGCAUUUUUCUGCUCAUUCACGCUCACACCUACGGAGCUCGUCAAAUGUCGUCUACAAGCUAUGAGGGAGAUGGCAUCGCAGGGUAAACUAGAGGGAGGCGUGGAAAGAUUAAAAGUAGGCCCCUGGGGCAUUACGAGAGAGAUCCUGAAGGUGGAGGGAAUCAGAGGGAUGUUUAAGGGUCUGACCUCCACAAUGGCCCGGGAAAUGCCAGGCUAUUUCUUCUUCUUUGGUGGAUAUGAGAUUACGAGACACCUACUGACACCAGAGGGCAAAACCAAAGACGAGAUUGGUCCUGCUGGAACCAUUGUAGCUGGAGGGAUAGGAGGCGUGUGUCUCUGGACCUCCAUAUUUCCUACAGAUGUCGUCAAGUCCAGAAUACAAGUUCAGAGCACUGUCGGAAAAAAGGCUCCAGGAUUUCUGAUAACUCUUAAAACAAUUCUCAAGACUGAAGGUCCUAGAGCCUUGUAUAAGGGUCUUGGCCCGACAUUAGUCCGCACCUUUCCAGCAACUGGAUCACUGUUUCUGGCGUACGAAACCACGAAAAAAAUCUUAACCGACUUGGCGGAUAGGCGAUAAUGCCGUACAUUGAUUGAAGAUUGUAUAGACAAUUGAUUACACAGUGUGCUAAGGUAGCAUGUUCUGGGAAGCUCCAGUCAUUUGUUGUGAGUGCUGUAACAAUCAAAAUCUGUCAAAAUGGUAUUGUGAGGAACCGAGUGUGAUAUUAUUAGUUUUUCGGCAUGCAGCAAAGAAUUGAUGACUUAAGUCAACAUAAAAACUGACAAUAUCUGGUCUCUGUGAUUGAUUUGAUGUUGACAGAGGUAAACACAGGAUGGAUCCCCAACUUGAGUUUACGUGACUGACGAACUGCACAGAAUUACUGAGUUUUACAUUCAAUAUAGUGCUCCAGGGAAUUGGACCACGAGACCAAUAUUUCUCUUCUCCACAAACAUUCUACAAUCCGAUUAACGACGGAUCUGAUUAAAUUAAAUAUUUGUUGUGUUUAUACCCCAGAUUUCUGGGCGAUAUUGUCUUUCAAAAUUGUAGGACGUAUAAUUUAUCUGAUUUUAUUUUACCAGUACUUUGCAAUCAGUUAGAUAUUUUUUUUGCGUUUGUUAUUUUCAGUUUUAAUAUUUUACAGAAGUUUCUUGAGAUCAUGACAUGAAUUCCAUGAAGACAUUUGCAGUAAU